AAACCAUUGAAUACAUGCCUUCACUAUCAUUGCCAUCGUUUCAAUGCAUACUACUGAUAGUGUAUUCUGCGGGCAAUACAUCGGCGGAUCAGACACCGGGCAAAGAGUCCGGAAUUGGGUUUAAUAGAAAUGUGUUGAUAAUCGCGGUUAUAGUGACGCUAAUAGUGGUUGUAUUGGUUGUAAUAAUAUGUGUGAUAAAGAAAUGCCACAAACAAAGAGAUAUCGACACCAAAAAAGUGAAUAACACUCACAAAACUCAGUCACCGCCGCGACCGCCAAACAGCGCGCCCGGAGUACUGCCGCCGCCAUCGGUGACCGACCCGUCAAAGUCGGCCACAAAGCCGCGCACGUUGUCGAUGGUGUCGUUGGUUUCGGGCGCCUUUGAAUACAGAGGUAUCGGCGACUUAACUAAACCCAUACUUAUAAACCCGACCGACAGUCCGACCGAAUCCGUGAGAGACAGACCAACUGAGUUGACCAUUAGGAAGAAGUCCCCGACGGCUACUAAUCCAUGA